AUGGCUCUACAAGCGCAAUUACUCCAGGGUCUUCAUGCACCCCCGAUGAUUGUGUCAGAAAGGUUCCAACAAGUCUUUCCUCGCGUGGACGCACGACCAAUUCCAACGAAGCGGCCUGGCAGUCCAGAUACGGAGACUGAGCUUGUUGACCUGACACCAAUUCAGCAAGAGAUUAUCUCAGCUCUGGGGUUUCAAUCAGCAUGGACCUCGUUUACGUUUGAGAUUCCAGACCAAAUGGCCUUCAGCAUUGAUCGUCUCCGAAUGACUUGGCAGGCUGUUGCAGCACACCACCCAUUGCUUCGGACUGUCAUUGUCCCUAGUGAGAAUGGCAAUGGUCCCUACCGACAGAGAGUGAUGCACCAAGUGAUACCUAUGGUACUCAGUACUUGGGAGCCAAGCUUCAAGAGCUUGCCCUACUUGGUCUAUGAUGAAGCGAGUGUCGGCCGCCAGACGUUGACGAUCCAUUAUCAUCGCGCUCUGAUUGAUGUCAAAUCGCUACUUCUCAUCUGGAAUGACUUCGAACUCUUCUUUCAUGGCUUUUCAUUCCCACCACGCAUUCCAUUUACCACAUACGCCAAAGCAAUUGCCCUUCGAGGAAGCCAAGAAGCAUCCAAAUUCUGGGACAGUUAUCUCCAAGGAUAUUCUGCCAGCCGUCUCUUUGCGCGCAACCUCGUUGCUCAGACAAAGGUUAAAACGAGUGUGUACGGCGAUGUGAGCCUUCUCUCCCAAGUUGAGAAGUUUGCACACGAGCAUCAAGUCAGCGUGAAAGCGGUGUUCCUUGCCGGAUGGGCUGUCACUCUAUCUCGCCACCUGCAGAGUCACGAUGUGGCCUUUUAUACCAACCUUCGGGAUUGCAGCUUCGACCCGACGGAGUAUGUUGUUGGUCCAAUGGACGUAAUCGCCCCCGUUCGAAUUCAGCUGUUGGAGAGGGAGACCGCGCUCGAGGCCGUCCAUAGACUGGAGGGUGAAAAGAGAACCGUUUCUCAAUAUUCCUAUCUGGGAGGAGCUUCCAUCAGGAAGCACGGUCACAUUCAAACAUCUCUGUCAUCCAUGUUCACCGUUCGCGAAUCGGAAAUCCCCGUGCACAAUGUUGAGAACCCCGACAUUACCACAGAAACCACACUCAACUUCGCAACUCGUCAACUCACUCUGGUCCAUGACUCGAGUCUCUCAUCCCCCCGAGCCACGAUCAUCUUGCAGCACUUCUGGGAGGCCAUCCAGCAGAUCAUCACCAGUCCAAAUGACCAGUAUCAGAGCUUGAGGCUCACAUCCGAGCAAGAAAAUAGCUCUCUGUUGAGCUUCAGGUCCUCUUCUGGAAAUGUCUCUCCUCGGAUGGUGCACAACCUCAUUGAGGAGCAGGCUUCUACCGAUGGAAAUGCUCCUGCUCUACAGUUUGAGCUCAGUGAGUUCAUGAGCUUUACUCAACUGAAUGCUGCUGCAAACCGUGUCGCCCAUCGUCUUACUGGGCUGAUGUCUCCAGGAACCAUUGUUCCGGUUCAUAUGGAUAUAUCCGUUCAGUUCGUGGUUGGUCUUCUGGCUAUUCUCAAGGCAGGAGGUGCCUAUGUGAUUCUCGAUCCUUUCCAGCCACCAUCUCGCAAAGCAUACAUUCUCAACGAUGUCAAAGCACCUUUCUGUCUGACGAAUGGAGGGCCUAUCGAAGGGAUUGCAGAUGUGCCGGCUUACUCAGUUGAAGAUCUCAUGCAGAAUUCCACCCCAGAUGCGGAAAACAAUCUGGUCUUGUCUCUUGACCCUGAGCAGCCUGCAUACAUCAUUUAUACCUCAGGGUCCACCGGCACCCCCAAAGGUGUGAUCUUGAGUCACCGCGCAGCUUCCACAGGAAUUUUGUGCGCUCCAACCGUGCCCAACAACCGCAAUCUGCUUUUCUACAAUCCUAUCUUCUCGGCAGCCCAGAGAACCAUUCUGUCGACUUUGGCCAAGGGUGGCUGUCUCUGUCUGGCAAGUCGACCGAAUCUUCAAAGAUCUCUGAUGCGCCUCAUCAAUGAUAUGGAAAUCAAUUCUCUUGGUAUAACAUCCUCAACCAUUGCGCUUUUGGAUCCCGAGAUGGUUCCUACGCUGCAGAGAAUCAACCUCACGGGUGAAUCGCUAGACCCUUCCGUUGUUGCACGAUGGGCCAACCGUGUUGAGCUGAGGAACAACUACGGCCUUAGUGAAUGUACACAACUCACCUGGGGUCGACAAUUGUGUUCAGGAGAGCAACAGUCCUCUCAAAAUGUUGGACAGCCAUCUGACACGACAUCUGCCUAUAUUCUGGACCCGGAUACAUGCAACCUAACACCAUUCCUGGUUGCAGGAGAGCUGUGUCUCGAAGGUCCCCAAAUUGCGAGUGGCUAUUUGAAUCGGAAAGAAGCAACGGAGAAGGUCUUUGUCGAUAGCCCUUUCACUCCAGGGCGCAAGCUGUAUCGGACCGGUGACAUGGCCAUUCGACUGGAAGACGGCACUGUUGAAAUUGUCGGCCGGAUUGACUUCCAAACCAAGAUCAACGGUCAGCGAGUAGAGCCCGGGGAGAUCUCCGCUUUCCUUCAUCAGCAAAGCUUGGUUCACGCAGCGGUAGUAGUGGCUGCCACUGUCGAGGAAGAAAAAGUUCUCGUUGCUUGCGUUUCGCCGAGUGACACAUCGCUGUCCUGGCCUCAAGUGGUCUCUACCCUCCGAGCAGCAACGCUUGCCAGUCUCCCAUCCUAUAUGACGCCUGCAUACUGGCUGUCAUUCGACAAGCUGCCGGUCAAUCACAAUGGAAAGACGGACGUGCUGAAACUGAGGAACAAAAUCCAGGCAAUGGAUCGAUCUGAGCUGAUUAGUGCCUCAAUGGAUACAGAGGAAGUUCAGCGAGAACUGUCUGAUGUGGAAAAGGUACUCCAGUCCGUCUGGAGUAAGGUUCUUUCUCUCCCCUCGGAGGUUGUCACAAUCAACAAGUCAUUCCUGGCGCUGGGAGGCGACUCACUCAAGGCCUUGCUGGUUAUUUCGGAAUUAUUGUCCCGCAACUACCUUGCGGAGCUUGGUGAUAUCCUUCGCGCGGACUCUUUAGCCACCGCGGCUUCCUCUUUGGUUUAUCAAGAAAACGCAUCUGCGGAGCAGGAUUCCCCCGCACCAUUCAGUUUGAUGGCAGACAAAACGGACGUGGAUCGGACAACAUUUGAAGAUGUAUACCCUGCCACACCGUUCCAGGAGAGCGUCAUCUCCGCGCAUCAGGUUGCUGGAGGAUAUGUGUAUCACCGCGCGUUCGACAUUGAAGGGUACGACGUGCCUCGGCUUCAGCAAGCUUUUCAGAUGGUGAUCAACAACAAUGCCAUCUAUCGAACUGGGUUCGUGGCCCGUGGUACAGGUUUCUUGCAGAUGGUCCAUCGACAGUUCACGCUAUCUUGGGACAUUGUCAAUGACACGGCCUCCGUCGAUUCCUAUGUAUCGCAUGUUCAUAAGCAAGAGAUGGACAUCGCGCAACCUCUCAUUCGCGCAGCAAUUCUGAAUGGUCAGAUCCUCGUGAUUAUCAUGCACCACGUUCUGUUUGAUUUCUGGUCCUCCAAGUUUCUCUUUCAAGAUGCUGCAGCCAUCUACAACAAUCAGACGGUGACUUCCAGGCUGCCAUUCAACAUGUUCGUCCGGCACUAUCAACAACGAGUGAACGAAAAAGAGGCCUCAGAGUUCUGGUCCCAUUACCUCCAGAAUUCUUCUGCUACACGUUUGACCACAGAGGAGAUGCCAUUCAAUACCGCGAGUCGAAUUUUCCGCCAGAGCCUCCGGGAGUUUUCAGCAUCUGCAGGAGUCACCCCGGGUGCUCUCAUGUACGCGGUAUGGUCUAUAAUUCUGUGGAAGCAUACUGGAAAUUCUGAGGUCACCUUCGGUGUAACUUUAUCCGGACGUGAUGCUCCGAUUGUCGGGGUUCAGGAUCUGAACGGCCCGACAAUGACGACUGUUCCUGUCCGAAUUCAACUGGAACCUACAAUGAGCCUCAUGAAAGUCGUUGACUUGGUGCAACAGGAAAUCUGGAAUGUUGCCCGCUACUCCCAGCUUGGGCUCCGCAGGGUACUAAAAGCAUCUGGCCAAGACUCUAGUCUCUUUGAUUCCAUGGUCAACUUCCUUGUCAAGUCUGAUAUUGGUCCAGAUGCGACUGCCUUGAAGCCAUAUGGGGAACGACCCAUCUGGAACACCGGUUUCAACUCUCUAGAGGUUGAAGAGACGAUGAGUGGAGAGUUUGAAAUUCGUCUGUCCGGAUAUAUGGAGUCUGUCAGGACCAAGUUCAUCAUGGAGGAAGUCGUACUAUUGCUCGAAACCAUCGUCAGGAACGGGCAAAAGUCACUCAAAGAUGUGGACAUUGUCCCCCCCUCGGAGGCACUGUUCCUCCAGCAGAUGUCUACCUUGCCGACUGUCACUGAUGCCAAGUUCCUGCACAAGCGCUUUGAAGUCACCGCGUUGGAGGCUGGGGACCGUGUGGCCAUCGAGUUUGAAAAAGAUGAGCCUGUCAGCUACCGAGAGUUGAACAGUCGGGCUAACCAGUGGGCGAGGUAUCUUGUCCAGCAGGGCAUUGGGGCAGACUCUUUGGUUCCAGUCUGUUUGGGCAAAUCUGUUGAGAUGAUCACGAUCAUUCUGGCGAUUCUCAAGGCAGGAGGAGGUUUCGUCCCACUGGAUCCCGAAAACCCUUCCGAGCGAAACAACUUCAUCGUGAGAGACGUGUCUGCCACCAUUGUUCUGACUGAAGAAAGCCUGUGUGAAAUCUUUGAAGCCGAUUCCGGCGUGAAGGUCGUCGACAUCUACAACACUCACGUCUCGGACUUUGCUGACAGCAAUUUGGAUAUCGUGGAUCUGGAGCCUCAUAACCUGGCGUACGCCAUCUACACAUCCGGCUCGACAGGUCUUCCGAAGGGAGUCUUGGUUCCUCAUCAAUCCAUUGCCGCUGGCAUUGAAAGUAUUUCGAUGGCAGAGAGUUGGCAGCCUGAGUGGCGCGUUCUGCAAUUCUCCAAUUAUGUAUUUGACGUGUCUGUCGGUGAUAUCUUUUGCACACUCGGCAUAGGUGCCACCCUCUGCAUGGCUCCCAUGGAAUCUCUUCUCUCCGACCUAGCACAGGUGAUCAACUCGAUGGGAGUGAACCGACUCUUCCUGACACCCACUGUCGCCAAGUUGAUUCACCCGACUGAGGUGCCAGGUGUCAAAGGCCUGUACUUGGCUGGGGAGCCAGUCACCCCCGAUCUCGUGGAAAUUUGGACCCCACAUUGCGUGGUCAUGAACUGCUAUGGACCGACUGAGGCUUCAAUUCUCGCAGCCGCAGGCUAUAUUGAGCCCGGUGGGAAUGCCCGAGUCAUUGGACACCCGCUCCCAAACUGCGCCGCCAUGAUCUUGGAGGUGGACAGCCUGAGACUUGCGCCAUACGGAGCUGUUGGAGAGCUUUGCCUGAGUGGUCCUCAGUUGGCGCGAGGUUAUCUCAAUCGGCCAGAAGCGACAGCAAACGCUUUCGUUCUGCGCGGCGGUGACCGUGUUUACCGGACAGGAGAUCUUUCACGAUGGCUCCAGAACAAACGCAUUGAAUGUUUUGGCAGAAAGGAUAGUCAAGUCAAGAUCAAUGGACAUCGGAUUGAGCUGGGUGAGAUUGAGAGCGCCAUCCUGAAGACGAACCAGGUCCAACACGCAAUCGUCAGCGUUGUGGAAAUUCAAAAGAAGAUGCAACUGGCAGCCUUCUGCGUGGUCGAUUCUCGGAAUCCCAAUGGUAUCCUUCCCGCCGAAGAAUACCUUGAGACGCUGACAACUGUGAGCAUCAGCUUGACCUCCCUGCCACCAUACAUGGUUCCAACUAUUUGGAUUCCUGUCGGAACGCUGCCUCUACUUCCAUCUGGAAAGACGAACCGCAAAAAGCUCCUGGAAUGGAUCAACGGCAUGGGUAGCGAUGAGCUACAACAAUAUUCCAACACGGGUGCCCAGGCCGAGUUUGUCGCGCCAGUCAGUACGGAGGAGAUUCUUCUACAGGGUCUCUGGGCAGGUCUGUUUCACAAAGAUGCCAGCGAAAUCAGCAGUACCAGCCCUUUCUUUGCCCAUGGUGGAGACUCCAUCUCAGCAAUUAACCUGGUUAGCAAGUGCAAGGGUGCAGGGUAUGUCCUCGCGGUCAGUGACGUGCUUGCCUUUCCACUGCUCUCGGAUAUGGCCCGUCGUAUGAGGCCUGUCAAAAAGGAUUCGACCAAGAUUGAACAUGUCUCUUUUACGGCAUCCGAUGAGACUUACGCCACUAUUGCUGCGGCGGGAGUUCGCCAGACAGAUAUCGAGACCAUCUACCGGGCCCCCCCGGGAGUUGAAGAUUUCCUCGUUCGUGGCGCUAAGGCGGAGCAGUUCUGGCAGUGCCAGACCGUUCGACCUCUGCCCAGUGUGAUCGACUUCGACCGCUGGAUCGAGAUUACCACCGAGCUUACCGCAAGAAAUGAGAUUCUACGCUCCAUGUGGUUGGAGGCGGACGGAACGUGGCUCCAGGUGGUGUUGUCCAAGCCCGUUCUGGAUCUGCAGAUCAUUCCUUGCGAGUCGGAAAGUGACAAAGAGGAGAAGAUCAACCAGACCUGGGACAAGCCGUUUGAGAUUGGGAUGCCUUUCAUCCGUUACCGUCUGUUUGUUCUACCAGAUGGACAGCGCGACCUGCUGCUCAAGAUACACCACGCCAUGUAUGACGGAACCCUGCUUCGCAUCUUCGAUGACGAAUUCAAGGCUCUCUUCAAGAAGCAGUCUGUUCCAGAGACAGUGUCUUUCCGUGACUACGUAUCCUACAUGGAUUCAACUGACCGAGAGAAGUCUCUCGUCUUCUGGAAAGACCUGUUACAGGAUAAUCUGUCCCCGUUCCCUGAAGCCAAGCAUCCUAUCAGUUCGGCAAUGAGAAUCGCCACCACAGACCGAAAGGUGGAUUCCUUCGCAGCGCACUGCGGUAUCACCGUUCCCAUCGUCUUCCAGACAGCCUUCAGUCUCCUCCUCUGUCGCCUCAGUGGGCGCACUGAUGUCACUUAUGACAACCUGAUCACUGGCCGCAAUGUCGACAUGGAGGAAGCCCAGACCAUCGCGGGCACUUGUGCCAACUUCCUCCCUUUCCGAAGUGCCUUUACUGAAGAAACCACAAUCAAAGAACUCCUGAAGGACACCCAGUCGCUCUUCUGGAUCACAACCGAGAAUGGCAACGUCAGUCUCAAUGACAUCUAUGGUUCCAUGAACCAGGAUCGGGAUACUUCCGCCUCGCGCGCGUUGUUCCUAUUCCAGCCAUUUGACCAAGCCCCUCCUACCGCCAAUGUUGUCGAAAAACAUAUGCGCUGGAUGGUGAUGGCGCUCAGCAAGGUGCGCAUGCCUAUUGACUACGCACUUCAUCUGGAGGUCUCCAAGACGCCGACCGGGUACACCUUGAAGUUCAAGUAUGACCCGAAACUUUACAGCGACGAUCAGUUGGAUGGACUCAUGGGGUCAUUCUUGGAUAUUCUGGAGAAGAUGAUGUCGCACUCUCGAAGUCGGGUGAUGACAAUUGUUUGA